AUGAAUCAACAAACUUCACCGCGAUCUGCAUCGCCACCGACAACACCACAAAAAUUUCUGGAUACUUUCGAUGGCUCCAUAGAGUUGAUGGAUUCAAUCGAUGAUUCACCGCAGUUCCGAAAGCAAUUGAAGGAUACCGAGCAGAAUAUCGAGGAGCUCGGCAACAAUAUCAAAAAGAUACUAAAGUCGGCAAAGCAAUCGUGUGACUUGGGAAUCGAGUACAACACAUCGUUCAAAUCGUUCGCUGACGAUCUUCUCUCGUACCGUGUCGAUGCAAAGGUAAACGAUGAUCUUCUCGAGAAAGGAAUGAUUAAAUUUACAAACGCACUCAAAGAGAUAUGUAACUAUCGUGAAGUAUUACAUUUUGAAAUGGAGGCAUUGAUUCAUAAUCCUCUGCAAGAGUUUGCAGAGAAUGACUUGAAGAAUGUGAAGGAACAAUAUAAAAAGUAUGACAAGUACAGUCAGCAACACGAUAGUGCAGCGUCGAAACUCGGUCAGAUCAAGAAGAAGAACUCGACAAAGAUCGAGGAGGUCGGCCAGGAAGUGACCGAUAUAUUUCGUGCGCGUGUGCAACACAGCUUGGAUCUGGUGGAGAAGAUGAACGAGGUGCAGGCACGACGACGUUUCGAAUUCCUCGAACUCUUCUUUGUAUAUCUUCACGCGCAAUCGACAUUCUUCCACCAGGGCUACGAGUUGUUCCGUGAUCUCGAGCCACACAUGCGAAUCUUUUCAAGCUACCUACAAUCCACUCGUAAACAUUUCGACGAUGAAAAGAAAAAACAAACCAAUCAAAAGAAAGAUAUUAUUAAUAAACUAAAUGCAUCAUCUUCACCGACACAAACAUUCUCAUCUUCGCCAUCGGUCAAUGGUGGAAUACAAUUCAUGCAGGGAAGAGCAUCUAAUAACACUGCGAAACGUGGAUAUCUCUUUAAGAAAUCAGACUAUUCUUAUAAUCGUAGAUUCUUUAGCUGUGAAGAUGGCAAAUUAAGUUAUUUUAGAACAGGAAAUGAAACUACACCAUCACAUGAAUUCGAUUUAUUCUUAACAACAGUUAGAGUAAGAGAGGAUUUGGAACGUAGAAAUUGUUUUGAAGUACUCUCACCCGAUCGUUCUUUGAUAUUACAAGCAGAGUCGUACGAAAGUAUGAUGGAAUGGAUUCAAGUACUUCAAAACUCAACUGCAAAUCUAAUCAACAAUAUAUCUCCAAAAGAUAAACCUAAAUCACAAGUAAACAAUAAUAAUACACAGAACAAUAGUAAUAACAACAAUAAUAAUAAUAAUAAUAAUAAUAAUAGUACUUUGAAUUUUUGUAACACUAGCAAUGGAUAUGUAAAUAAUUCACUUUCACAAUCACAAGACAACUGCAAUGACAAUGACUCACCACUGGCAAUACUACGUUCGCUCGACCAAUCCAAUACAAUCUGUUGCGAUUGCAAUGCAAAAGAUCCAGAGUGGGCGUCUAUUAACUUUGGCUCGAUCGUUUGUAUCGAUUGCUCGGGUAUUCAUCGUGGUUUGGGCGUGCAUAUCACCAAGGUGCGUUCGUUGGUUCUCGACAAAUGGGAACCAGAGUUGCUCGGCAUGAUGAAGUGUCUGGGCAACGAUCGUGUCAACCGAGUGUUUGAAGCGUGCGUGCCAUCGGACCGCGUCAAACCAACGAUAAACAACACAUUCGAAGUACGUUCUCGUUGGAUACGCGAUAAGUACGACAAGCGAAUCGUCGGGGGCCGACUCGAACCACUACGAUCCUGCACACCAAUAUCGCUCGCCACUCCACAACGCCACUGCACACUCGCAAGCGCAGAACCUCUGUCUGCUGAUACAGAACGGUGCGCAAUCCGCCAUUCAGGACAUCGAUGGCAACACGCCGUUGCACGUCGCUGCCGACUCUGGCUCGUCGGCGUCUCGCUGCUGACCAUGACCAACAAGAACAACAAGACAGCACUCGAUCUCGCAGUGGACAAAGGUCAGGUCGGCUGUGUAGCAAUUCUCAGACUAGCACAACUUCAACGCGACGAAGGUAAACUUACGUUUGACGAGUCAUUUGCAGAGGUGUUACGAGGUUUCUCAAAAGAGAAAUAA